UUGUGUCCGCCAUGCGGCUGUUGAUAGUCAGAGCAGCGUUAGUAGGACUGGUGACGAGCAGAGGAAUAUUGAGAACCAUGUGUGCUCAGGCGGUAGACUGGCAGAGUGCCAAGUCCAUCUACGAGUUCUCCGCCAAAGAUAUUGAUGGAAAUGAAGUGUCCCUUGAGAAAUACAGAGGAAACGUAUGCAUCAUUGUAAAUGUAGCCUCUAAAUGAGGAAAGACCAAAGUGAACUACACUCAGCUAGCGAGAAUGCACGCCUCCUAUGCUGAUGAGGGUUUACGUAUCCUGGGCUUCCCAUGCAACCAGUUUGGAGGACAGGAGCCUGGUACUGAGGCAGAGAUCAAAGAGUUUGCUAAAGGUUACAAUGCCGAGUUUGAUCUCUUCAGUAAGAUUGAGGUGAACGGAGACGGCGCUCACCCUCUGUGGCAGUGGAUGAAAGCACAGCCGAAAGGCAAGGGGAUGUUUGGAAAUGCCAUCAAAUGGAACUUCACAAAGUUUCUCAUAAAUAAAGAAGGACAAGUGGUGAAGCGAUAUGGUCCAACAGAUGAUCCCACUGUGGUGGAGAAGGACCUGCCCACGUAUAUGUAACACAGCUAUGAUAUUUUUGGUCUCCUGACCUCUCCUAUGGAUGUCAGGGUGUUGGUGUUUGUGAGUCUCUGGACCAGUGACGGCCUGUCCGUAAACCCACCUCUGGGCGGGGCAGGCCUGAUGAUUUCCUGCGUGCAACUAAACCCCAGAGCCCCACCCACAUCAAAUCCUACAAGUCCAUAUGAGAGGACAUUUCACCAGUUAUUCAAAGUAGAGGUGCUUCAAAUUUGACUUCAGCCUGAAACUAGUCAUUCCAAUACAAUUUCCUUUCUGAAUGUGAUGUGUAGUUUUAAGUUCAUGCAUGUGUCGGUGUAAGCACACUUAGGAUGCCAUACAUUUCACACAUUUCUGAAAGACUGCUGAUAAUAUUGUUUGCACUUAAUUUAUGAAAGGAUCAUGUAACAUGCAUAAUUUAUCAAAAUAAAUGCUGUUAAAUGUUUAA